GCAAGGUUGUGCUACUAAAGCUGGAACUGCCGGGCUCAAGUCGCCGCGUCUCCUCCCGGCUGGUCUUUUUGGAUCUCGGCAAUGGCGGAACAGCAGCAAUUCUACCUCUUGCUGGGUAACCUGAUGAGCCCUGACAACAAUGUCAGGAAACAAUCCGAGGAGACCUACGACUCAAUCCCUGGUCAAACGAAGAUCAUGUUCCUGCUUCAGGCUGUCAGAGAUCCAUCUGCUGCAGAGGAGGCCCGACAAAUGGCAGCAGUGCUUUUGCGACGGCUGCUGUCAUCUUCUUUUGAAGAGAUCUAUCCAGGGCUCUCAGGACGGCUGCAAACAGACAUCAAAACAGAACUUUUGGCCAGCAUCCAACAGGAGACUUCACCAAACAUCCGCAAGAAGGUCUGCGAUAUUGCAGCGGAGCUGUCCCGCAACCUCAUAGAUGAUGAUGGAAACAACCAGUGGCCAGAGGUACUCAAGUUCCUGUUCGAAUCUGUCAAUUCAGACAACGUCGGCCUGCGGGAAGCUGCCUUGCAUAUAUUCUGGAACUUCCCGGGAAUCUUUGGGAAUCAGCAGCAGCAUUACAUGGAUGUUAUCAAGCGUAUGCUUGUUCAAUGCAUGCAGGAUCAAGCAAAUCCUCAGAUCCGAACCCUGGCCGCCCGGGCUGCUGCCUCUUUUGUCCUGUCUAACGAAAGCAACUCGGCGCUACUUAAGCAUUUCUCUGACCUCUUGCCAGGCAUUCUGCAGGCAGUGAAUGACUCCUGCUACCAAGGAGACGAUUCAGUCCUCAAAUCUUUGGUGGAAAUUGCAGACACGGCUCCCAAAUUUUUGAGACCAAACUUGGAGGCCACUCUGCAACUCUGCCUGAAGCUCUGCGGAGAUCCCAGCUUGCCCAACAUGCAGAGACAGUUGGCACUGGAAGUCAUCGUCACCUUAUCGGAGACUGCGGCGGCCAUGUUAAGGAAACACAUCAAUAUUGUGGCUCAAAGUGUGCCUCAGAUGCUUGCAAUGAUGGUGGAUUUGGAAGAGGAAGAGGACUGGGCAAUGGCUGAUGAGCUAGAAGAUGACGAUUUUGACAGUAAUGCAGUAGCGGGAGAAAGUGCUUUGGACAGAAUCGCCUGUGGUCUGGGAGGAAAGAUUAUUUUGCCACUGAUCAAGGAGCACAUCAGGGUGAUGUUACAAAACCCUGACUGGAAGUACCGCCACGCUGGGCUAAUGGCGCUGUCGGCCAUUGGUGAAGGCUGCCACCAGCAGAUGGAGGCAAUCCUGAAUGACACCGUCCUCUCUGUACUGCACUUUUGCGCAGACCAACAUCCAAGGGUGCGGUACGCCGCCUGCAACGCUAUUGGACAAAUGGCCACAGAUUUUGCGCCAACUUUCCAAAAGAAAUUUCAUGAAAAGGUGAUCAAUGCACUGCUCCAGACCAUGAAUGACCAGAGUAAUCCCAGAGUACAGGCGCAUGCUGCUGCAGCUCUCAUUAAUUUCACAGAAGACUGCCCCAAAUCGCUUCUCAUUCCUCAUUUGGAUAAUUUGGUGAAGCAUCUCCAUCUGAUCAUGGCAGCCAAGUUGCAGGAGUUAUUCCAGAAGGGCACCAAACUGGUCCUGGAACAGGUGGUCACCUCCAUUGCAUCCGUGGCAGACACCGCAGAGGAGAAGUUCGUGCCGUAUUACGACUCAUUCAUGCCCUCGCUUAAACACAUCGUAGAAAUCGCCGUGCAGAAGGAGCUGCGGCUACUUCGGGGCAAGACUAUUGAGUGCAUCAGCCUCAUCGGUCUGGCUGUGGGCAAGGAGAAGUUCAUGCCGGAUGCCUACGCUGUCAUGCAGCUGCUUCUCAAAACUCAGACCAACUUUCAUGACCUUGAAGAUGAUGAUCCACAGAUAUCAUACAUGAUCUCUGCCUGGGCAAGAAUGUGCAAGAUCCUCGGGAAGGACUUUCAGCAAUACCUUCCAGUGGUAAUGGGCCCCUUAUUGAAGACUGCAUCUAUCAAACCUGAGGUGGCACUCCUUGAUACUCAGGAUAUGGAGAACAUAUCAGAGGAUGACGGAUGGGAGUUUGUCAACCUUGGAGACCAGCAGAGUUUUGGCAUCAAGACUGCUGGCUUAGAGGAGAAAUCUACUGCUUGCCAGAUGCUGGUGUGUUAUGCCAAAGAGCUGAAGGAAGGUUUUGUGGAAUACACUGAGCAAGUGGUGAAGCUGAUGGUCCCUUUACUCAAGUUUUACUUCCACGAUGGUGUGCGCGUGGCGGCCGCGGAGUCUAUGCCCCUUCUGUUGGAGUGCGCCCGCGUUCGGGGGCCCGAGUACCUCACCGAAAUGUGGCUCUUCAUGUGCGAUGCCAUCAUUAAGGCGAUCGGUACGGAGCCGGACUCUGAUGUCUUGUCGGAAAUCAUGCAUUCUUUUGCCAAGUGCAUUGAGCUGAUGGGAGAUGGCUGUCUGAACAAUGAGCAUUUUGAGGAGCUGGGUAGCAUUUUGAAAAGCAAACUGGAGGAGCAUUUUAAGAACCAGGAGUUGAGGCAAGCUAAAAGACAGGAUGAAGACUACGACGAGCAAGUGGAAGAAACGUUGCAAGAUGAGGACGAGAACGACGUUUACAUCCUGACCAAAGUGUCAGAUGUCCUGCACUCCGUUUUUAGUAGUUACAAAGAGAAAGUGCUUCCUUGGUUUGAACAGUUGCUGCAGCUUAUUGUCCAGCUCAUUUAUCCCAACAGGCCGUGGGCUGACAGACAGUGGGGGCUGUGCAUUUUUGAUGAUGUGGUGGAGCACUGCAGCCCGUCUUCCUUCAAGUAUGCGGAGUUCUUCCUGCGGCCAAUGUUGCAGUCUCUGUGCGACUCCAGCCCUGAAGUUCGGCAGGCGGCCGCUUACGGUGUUGGUGUCAUGGCGCAAUAUGGAGGAGAGAGCUACCGACCGUUCUGCACAGAGGCCAUUCCCUUGCUGGUCCAAGUCAUCAAGGCGGCCGAUUCCCGCUCCAAGGAGAAUGUCAACGCCACAGAAAACUGCAUCUCUGCUGUCGGCAAGGUCAUGAGGUUCCGGCCAGAGUGCGCAAAUGUCAAUGAAAUCCUCCCUCUCUGGAUCAGAUGCUUACCCCUCAAUGAAGAUAAAGAGGAGGCCGUCCACACUUUUGAUUUCUUAUGCGACUUGAUUGAAAGUAAUAACCCUAUUGUCCUCGGACCCAACAAUUCCAACCUGCCCAGCCUGUUCCAAAUCAUCGCCGACGGGGUUGCAAACGAGUCGGUGAAGACUGAAGACGCUUGCAGUAAACGUCUUGCAAACGUCAUCCUUCAAGUGCAGGGGUCGGGAGGAUUGUGGUCCAAGUGUACAGAGACGCUAAAUGAGACUCAACAGAAAGCCAUACAAGAUUUACUGACUGCCGCCUGAACUUCCUGAGCAGACUCCCACCUGUGAAAUCCCCGAAAGAAACAUUGACUCUUGACAAACACUCUUGAUCUGCAGCGUAAGGAUGCCGGCUUCACUCUCCCCAUCUCCCUGCACUCAAUUGACUGGAGCAAAAAUGGAGGACCCCGACAUCAAGGACUGACUGCCUCUUCUCCUUUAGCUAGAUGUUUGUUUCCAAGCAUUCCCUCAAGUGUGACUUGCCUCUGCGCCCAACAUGAACUCACUAACAUAAGAUCAGAGGGGAACACAUUUUAGUCGGGAGGGUAGCACAGGACAGGACUUUCUAUAUUGGACUGCACAGCUUGGUGAGUUGAAAAUGAACACUUGGCGAUCACCGCCUGUCUGCUGUGAAUUAUUUUCCUUUUUUUUUUUGUUUUGUUAGUCACUUGGGCAUAUUACUUUCAAUGCAGUUGUUCUAAUGUAAGGGCAUGUUUAAAGUGGCUAACUCUAGUGAACAUAGUGAAUUUUACUUCGGAGAGUCUCUCAACUCCGCAGCGUUACCAACAUCUAUAGCCAUCCGAAUUGCUGUUCAAAUGACUAGUUUUUUUCUGAUUGUCAAAACAUCAGGUAGCAUUAGGAAUGGGGGGGUCAAACUGUUGUUGGUUACUGCCAACUAAGUUGAUGUCUAACUGCUUGUAGAGUAUCCAUGUGUGCUACCGUACUCUUCGCUUUUAUGGUGUAACCCCUUUACAGCCCUGCAGGUAUGUGGUGAAAUUUCUCAAAAAUGCCUAAAAUAAAAUUCCACUUGCGAAUACUGUCA